UGCGUGGACAUCACACUUUGGGUUAUGUGAACAUGAUACUUAAUUCUACUUAACUGAGGCCCGACGUACACAUACAAGGGUCCCUACACUGCCAUCUAGUGAUGUCAGUAGAGAACAACACAACACCAGUAAAAUUCAGCAUGGCAGCAAGCACAAGUCAAAGUUCAAGUGGCCACUCCAAACCUAAACAUCGACAAGGGCGUUUUUCUUUGACAAGAGCACUUGAGUUACUGGGCUUAAUUGAUGGAGACAACUCAGACUGGGAAGAUUUUUCUGACAACGAUGAUGCAAUCCAGGAUGCUGAUUAUCAGCCCCCACCACCGGAGCAAAGCAGCAGUGGGGAUGACAGUAGUGGAAAUGAGGACCCCAUACAUCAGCCCACUGAGCACAGCAGGGGACGUAAACGUCUCCGUGGUGAAAAUGAUGCUUCAGGAAGAGGUACAGGUUCAGACCAUGAUGUUUCCCGAUCACGCACUCCCAGACGCCGCCGUCAGACUCAACAGAUUGAAGCUGAUGUCUCAAACGAUGGCCCUGAUGAGCCCACACCAGGACCAAGCCCUCAAGGACAGUCCAAAACAGGACGUGGAAUGCGCUGGAGGGCUACUCCAAUGAUGCCAAACCUUGCCGAGUUUGAGCACGAAGAGGAAACUGAUCAUGACAGAGAAGGCUGGACCCCAUUGAACUAUGUAGAACAGUAUAUAGAUAAAGAAGUGAUGAUAAUUAUUGCAGAUUGCUCUAAUGCUAUGUCACUGGCUAGGAGUGGGGCCCCACUCAACACCUCAGUUGAUGAGAUUUACCAUUUUUUUGGUGCCUGUAUUUUGAUGUCAUGCGUCCGAUACCCAACAAUCAGGAUGUACUGGUCCAAAGCCUUGAGAUUCCCUGCCAUCACUGACAGAUUCACGCGUGACAGAUUCUUCAGACUGAGGGGAUCACUAAAAGUGCUCAUUGAUGAUGACGUUCCACAAGACCUGAGGAAGAGUGACAAGUUUUGGAAGAUGAUCCCUUUCACAGGAGCCUGUCCGUGUCGACAGUAUCUGCCAAUGAAGCCAAACCCAGUUGGCAUAAAGAACUUUGUUUGUGCUACAGCAGAUGGUAUUGUGCUGGACUUUGACGUGUAUCAAGGUGCAGAUGCACUGCUUGAGCAGGUCGAAGAACCAGAGGGUCUUGGGUUGGGAAGCUUGGUCAUCGAUCGUCUGUGUCAAACUCUGCAUCGUGGCACAAAGGUGUAUUGUGACCGGUUCUUCACAACCAUCCAAGGUACAGAGCGAAUGAUGAAGAAGGAGCUGUACAUGACUGGUACAGUCAUGAAGAGCCGGGUCGCUGCAGCAGUGCAGAAGUUACCUACUGACAAAACCAUGAAAAUGGCCGGAAGAGGUACCUCAGCAGAAGUUACCACUGAGGAUGGAAAGAUGUGCAUUGUGAAGUGGUACGACAAUAAACCAGUACUGAUGAUGUCUGUUGUUCAUGGUACACAGCCUGAAGACACCUGCCAGCGAUGGGACAAGAAACUGAAACAAUAUGUGACCGUCUCACGACCAAGUAUCGUCCGUGAAUACAACUUCAAGAUGGGUGGAGUCGACUUGGUGGACAGAAUGAUUAGUUAUUAUCGCAUGAGCGUCCGUACUAAGAAGUGGACAAUGCGGAUGCUAAUGCACUUCACGGAUCUGGCUUUAGCCAACAGCUGGCUACUCUACCGCAAAGACCUUGCUGUUUGUGGUACACCAAAGAAGAGCAUCAUGCAGUUCCUGGAGUUCCGCACAGAAGUGGCGCAGAUCUUCUUGGCCCAGCAUGACAGUCAAGAAGAUGACACAGACCUUUUGGAACUGGCAGAUGACGAAGACCUUCCGAUACAAGGGGGAAAGCGUCCAGUGAUGGCAGUGCCCCAUGUCUCAGUCCGCAGGAGGGCUAAUGCACAUCUCCCAGAGAUGGUCAGCCUGAAGAACGCAGCGCGCUGCAGAGCAGCAGGCUGCACUGGGAGAUCUCGAGUGCAUUGUGUGACCUGCAAGGUGUUCUUGUGCUUGCAAGCCGAUCGCAACUGUUACACAGCAUUUCACACAUAGGUGUGUACAUGUUUGUACAGAAAAAGAGGGCAUUCCUUGUUUGAACUAGUAGUAGUUUUGGUAGUGCAAGUACGACAUUGCUUUUGGACAUGUUAGAUGUUUCUUACAAUUUUUUUUUACAUAGACAUGUUCUGAAAUUGAAAUUAACAGUUUCCCUUGCAACAGUAACAAUGCAAGAUGUUUUGAAUGUUUUAUACUUUGUUACAGACAUAUGAUGUCUUCCUGCAACUGUUUGCAGCACUUCAAACGAGCCAUACUGUAGCUGUGACUGUCCAAAAGGGGCAAAAUUAUCGUUUUUCAUUUUGUCAAUUUGCACUAUGAUGUUCCAAAAAUAAAAAAAAACAUGUUUGUAUGUGUUAUUAAAAAAUGCAAAAGCAGUCAGGAAAAACACUGCUGUGUUCAGGGUUCAAAUAAAGAAUUUUGCACUUUAUUACACAA